GGCUGAUAUUCUGGCUCUGUUAUUGCUGCGUGUAGGUCAUCAUGUCGAGCUGCAAGCAUGAAGCCAGCCUUGUCACGCGCCAUUUUGAUGUCCUUGGCCCCGCGGGUAAGGAUCCUUCGAAGGGGGGAAAGUGGUGGCUCUACCAUUACUGCGAUCUAAAAUUUUCGGGCAAUCUCAAUCGCCUGAAGGAACAUUUCACGAAGGGGAUUUGCGCAGUUCAGAAAUCAACGAAAACAUUGACCGCAGAGGACAUAUUGAGAAGGAAGGAAGGAUUGCGACUGGCAAGGAUAGACUCGGGCAUGCCGAGGGAUGGUGCCAAUGCCCUACCUGCUGUCACCAGUUUGGUGGCUGCUUCUAUGGGCGGGGGUUCGGUCGAAGGGGUGGGCGACGCCUGUGGCGAAGCGGCGGGCGAUACUUGUGACGAAGGGUGUGGGCGGCAGUGGGCCAGGUAUCACGGUGCAUCGCACAGGGCGAUCGAGGACGUGGGGAGGUUGGCGAAGAAGUGGGCUCGCACAGGCUGUAUGGUGCAAGUAGAUGAGGGGUCUGACCGGCGGGGAAGACCACACGUAAACGUCAUGGUGUCCUCUCCCAUUGACACCGUCUUUUGGAAGUCGGUGUGCGUAGCGGGAAAGGACAAAGACGCCAGUGCGUACUACAGAAUACUCACCGCUGCGAUUGAGGAGAUUGGCCCAAAAAGUGUGGUUGGGGUGAUCAUGGAUAAUGCCUGGGUUUGUGUGAAGGCCGGGAAGUUGGUGGAGAAAAAAUACCCGUGCAUAUUCCGGGUGGGUUGCACGGCGCAUGCCCUUGACCUCGCAUUGGAGGAUAUGGACAAGCACAUUCCGUGGUUUGCGGAGAUUGUGAAGAGGGGGAAUGUGUUGGGGAAGUUCGUGAUGAACCACGACAAGGUUCGAACACUCUUCCUGACCAAAUCAGGUGGUGUGCAGAUUAAGAGGCCGGGUGUCACUCGAUUCGCGACCAACAUCAUCAUGUUGCAGUCGCUGUGGGACAGGAGAAACGCCCUGAAAUUGACUGUGGCUGCCAGCGGGUGGGUCUCCUCCAUAGUGCCACCCCAUUUGCAUUCUCAAUUCGAGGAGGUGACGGUGAUUAUCCUGGAUGGCGGCUUUUGGGAGCGGGUGGACAAGGCCUUGAGGACCACGGACCCCAUCCUGGAGCGUGCCUUGCGAAGGUUGUCGGGCCAUCAGCGCCCAGCACCUGAAGUGCGGUAUAACAAGGAGGACCGGGAGCUUGCGCUGCGGGCUAGAGAGACGGGCGAUUGGGUGGAGGGUCGAAAGGAAGGCGGAAGCAGCAGGCAACGUAAAGUGCGGUGCGGUGAUGAGGAUCGCCAGCACGGUAAACGUGCUGCGGAGGAGGACAUUGCUACUCCGGAGAAACGAAAGAGAGGGCGGCCGACCAACAGAGAGGUCGCAGCAAGAAAAGCAGCAAUGCGAGUUGGGAAGAAAAAGGCAGCGUUGGAAGCAUCGAGAAAAAAGAAAACCGCUGGAAAGAAAAAAGCAGCAGCAAAAACCAGAAAGAGGGAUGACAUCAUUGACGAUGACGGCACGGAAGCAUGUUCAUCGUCUUCAACUUCAUCAGAGGAAGGGGAUGAUGAAGAUCAUGAUGCCAACGACGCAGAACCGCGGAGUGUAGAGGAGGGAACUAAGCACGAGGAGGAGGAGGAGGAAGGCGAGGAGGAAGAGGAAGGCGAGGAGGAAGAGGAAGGGGAGGGGGUAGAGGAAGGGGAGGAGAAAGAGGAAGGGGAGGAGAAAGAGGAAGGGGUCGCAGAGGAAGAGGGUGAGACUUGUGCACGGGGAAGUGUAGAGGAUUAGGCGGAGUUGAUGCCGCUGACUGCAAAGUUUGCAGUUUCGCGGUUUAUCUUUCGAUGUUCGGUUGAACUUAGAACAAAGUAAGAACUGUGAA